CUGUCUCUGUGUGUGUGUGUGUGUGUGUGUGUGUGUGUGUGUGCUCAUGCGUACAUGUCAAGUGUGGCGUGGUCUGCACAAAGAGGCGGAGACAAACAAAAGCAGGAUGUGAUACAGCAGGACUCCACUUCCUCCCUCCCUCCAGUGGAAUCAGCAUAAAGUGCAGAGAGCGCCACCUCUUGACCAAUAUAAUUCAUAACAAGGGCAUGCUGGUAAAAUUCCAUUCACACAGAUAAGGACCAUUCAAGUGCAGACAGGCUACAGUCAAAUGAUUUGAUAAGAUCCCAAGGAGCCUUUAAUGUGCUUUUUUUAAAAAUUCAAGUCAUGUGUGGUUGGAGAAGGAGAAGUCAGGGAGCGGUGUGCUGUGCAGAUUUGAAAAGAGGAUUCUUUUUUUUUAAGUGUUCACUGAAGGCGAAACUGGACCCCACCCAUUUGUACACACACAUCCAUAGAUGUAACACACACUGAGAGGGAGGCGGGAGGGGUCCACAAAAUCCACUUUAAAACAACCAGAGCAGAGCAAACAACAUUCACAAAAACCUGAAAGUCCAAAACUCCUUCAGCCAGCACUCUUUAAAAAGAAAAGUUAAACAUUAACGCUGCUAAAAGCCUCCUGGCAGCUCCGACUUCCAUCUGAGGUUUUAAAAGCUGCCGGUUGAAGACCGAGAAGACACUGUAUCAGUUUUCCCUCAGGACUUUAUUGGCCUCAGCUGCAUGAAUCUUAAAAGCAAAUCUUCAAUAUGUGAUUAGGAGGAUGAUGUCAUACCUCAGGUUACGUAAUGGCACCCUGCUCAUCUUCAUACAGCUCAGAGGUAUUCAGGCGUGGAUAACGGGAUGUGGGGCUGCUAUUAAAUGUGCUUCACUGAAUAAUCAGGUGAUUUUAAUGUCCUCUAGUCGAGUUUAUGUUUAAUUUAUGGACAGCACUUUUCAUUCACAGUCACUGGAAACUAACUUAACAAACUAGCAAUCUGUAAAGACCUCACGACAGAUGUCGUUCCUUUAUUGGCAGGUUCAUUUAAUGUGAAGUCUCUUCUAAGGGACCGUGUGAAAAUCUUGGGGUGAGUGGGCGGGGUUUGAGAGUAAACUUUAUCUGAUUAAAUGCCACAGCUUCCCAAAGUAAAUAUUUGGUGCUUUUCUUUGACGUGAAUGUGUAUGUUUGGGGUUUUUUACUUUUCAGUCAUAUUUUGGUGUCAUUAAUAUUCAUGAUGUUUUUAGGGUUUGACAGAAAUUUAGAGCAAAAGUGAAGUAGAACUUUUAAAGACUGAGUUUUUAUGAGGGAUCUUGAUAUUAAAUUCUUCAUACUUUGCCUUUUAAGUUUGUUUUGUUGGGACGCUGGUAGUAGAGAAUCAAAAAGGGAGGCCUCUGUUUCUUCAAAUGCGAUCCCCGUUGCGAUCAUUUCCACUCAGUCCCUAAACUAAACUGAGAUUAUGCUGUCAUAUUCAGUGACAUAACUUUGGAAGAUGCAUUUUAAAUGAAUACAUUUGUAGUUUUUCAACCACCCAGACUUUAACUUUAUUUUCAUCCCCACACGUUUCUCUCAAGUUUGUGAUUAUAUCAAAGUGUGUCAUUGGCUCUAAGGACAUAAUUACAGCUACAGGAGCUGCAGACUGCUCCAGUCUACUGCAGUGGUUUUGGUGCACGGAAACAGUUCUUGUCUUUGCUCCACAACCCUGAAUUAACCUAAACACUCACUUAUCUUCCUCCUUCAAAACAUGCUAUUACACAACAGCUGGACGACCUGCCUCAUCUUGUUGUGAGAUACCUUACAGUCCUGUGCUCUUGUAUGUAAGGUCUGCAUGUUUCUGCACGUCAAAUCUAAACACCCCAUAUGUUGUGCAAAUCCUGCGUUAGUAUCACCGGGAUUCUCAAAAAAAAGGGAAAGCACAUUCAUAAUCAUGCAGGUUAAUCCAUAAUCAUUCCUGAAAUCAUCUAUCUGUCCGUUACUUUAAUCCCUCGGAUUGUGGACUACGCCCUGUAGCUCUUGCAUUGCUUUGAUACAGAUGUUAAUCCAGCUUUGUUUUUUUCACAAAAGGGGAGCUGUGAAAACAAACAAGACAUAAAAACAGGUUUCUGCGAUGGCAAUAACCUGCAAAGCUGAAUGCACACACCUGCAUCAAAUGGGUACAGAACGAGCUAAUCCUCUGGACAAAUCUGGGAAUAAAAGCUCUUUUGUAAGGCACCAUGAUUGUGUUACAAGAACAGAUGUAAAACAACACAAAGUACUGCAGAGAUGAUUAUAUACUCAGGACACUACCUUCACUCUGAUUGUAUUACCUAUAAAAUGUUUAUAUAUAUAUGAAAAAAUAUAACUGUAAAAUGUUCUGCAGGUUUUUGUUGGUAAGUACGUGCAGUUCCUUACAAAUGAACAUCAAGCAAGCUCUGCAUACAUGUGGACUGACUUUAUUGGGCAACAGCACCAUCUAGCGGCGGCUUCCGGCAACUUCUUGUUUUUUGUUUUUUAGGCGGAUCAAAGAUGGCUACCUCCGUGUUGACGUUGUGAGCUUCUUUUGGGGUGCCAAACAUGAGUGAUUUCAGGUAAUAUGGAUGCAAAAGAAAUAGUCCACUUUGCCCUCCAGAUGGAGAAAUCCAGUGCAGACAGAAGCUAUGGGAACGUCUUGACCGUCCUCGCUGACCUCGAUAAGAUUCACAUCACAGCAGAGCAGCUGGAGACGACAGACAUUGUUAAAGUUCUCUACAGGCUCCUGAAAAGCUGCCCUGAUGGGAACAUUAAGAAGACAGUGAAGGGCUUGUUGGCCAAGUGGAAGAGACAAUAUGGAAGAGGUGUGAAAUGUACAGAUGAGUGGAAGGCUUCUGAACGGGAUUCUUCUGCUCACAAAACUGUGGAGAGAGAAGUAUCCAAGCAAGGAGAACAAUCUGAAGAGGGAAAAGAUGGUGGCCGCAGCCUUUGUUUUGCUUCAGAAUGCAGCUCUGCGUCUCCCUCCAUAUCUUCUUUAAGGUCUAAAUGUGUCCAGCUCCUCCUCGACGCUCUCUCCAAAGAACUUCCAAAUCAAGAAAAAGCCGUCAUGGCCGAAAACAUCGAAAAGCAAAUCCACGAGCUUCACAAAUCCAGCGACGUCAAAUACAAAGCCUGUGUCAGAAGCAAGGUCGCUAAUCUGAGGAAUCCUAAAAACAUCCAUUUGCAGCAGGAGCUGUUGAACGGCGCACUCUCGCCCGGGGCCUUCGCCCGGAUGUCCGCGGAGGAAAUGGCGAGCCCGGAGCUCCGUCAGCUCAGGGAGGCGUACUCAUCGCGCGCCGUUAGUGAGAGGCAGCUCCCUCAGGGGGUAGAAGGGACAAAGACACAGAAGGUCAGGUGUAAAAAAUGUGGGGGGACAGACUGCACGGUGACGCAGGUGUCCAGGGGGGCCCUCUUUCUGCCCGUGUGGGUUCGGAGGGGCGGCCCUGACGACGACGCGAUGACUUUUGUGACCUGCGGUGAAUGUGGACAGCAGUGGUACCACAGCGGCUGGGUCUGCCUCUAAAGCCAGAACAAUCAGUCGGACACAAUCAAAACUGGUGAAAAGUGUGCAAAUCCCCAUAUAAGGCUCUUGUAUUGCUUUAAAUAUUUUUACAUAUUUUAUGCUGAAUAGUUUUCUGUCUUUAUAACUAAAUUACUGACAACUUGUCUCGACCACUGUGUGUAAUAUUGUGUGGAAACACCUUUACUUACUUAUUUAUCACCUCACUCAAUGUACUUUUAUGAUUUUGUGCGGAUAAAGAGACUUUCAAAAGUAAUUGGAAAGGUGUUUAAUAAACUGUCCUUGUGAAGGAAGCAGUGAAAAAGCAGAUGUGUUCAUUCCCUGCAGCAGUGAAACAGAAGGAAUGAUGAGAGGAAUGCAGAGUGAAUACAAAGCACAAAACAUUCUUGUAUAGUUUCUUGAAAAUGCAACGUUCAGAUUUGAACUUCGUCGCAGAACAUCCCAAACUGAAAGCCCACGUUGUGGUUUCCUUUUCCGGCUUAAAAGGCCGAGUCAUUGUCCGUUACAGCUGCAGACUGAAACCACCACUUUUCAGGAAGUUGCUCUCGUCAUCAUCCUAUACUGAGUCAUUUCCUCUCGUCUGCUUCAUCUGCACUUACAGAAACUCGAUGGACUCCUUUAUUGUCCGUCUUUUAUGACGAGCUUCUGCUCAGAGGAAGAAUCCAAACCAUUACAGCCCUGACUUUCAGCCUCUUCAAGGUUGAAUCUUGCUUAUCGAUGAAAAGCGAGUGUAUUGUGUUGCUCUUCUGAUUGUAAUAAACAGAAGAAGACAUCAUGCCCCCAGCCUCCUCUUCCCACAAUAUCCCAUUCAUGUGGAGCAAACUGGCUCCAGUCGAUGAGACAUGUGACUUUUAGAGAACGGGCGAGCAUGUGAGUCAGUAAUCUGCCCUCCUGAGCGGCCCGAGGCUCGGAUAUCCCAUGGUGCUUCAGUCAGUGGACGUGGCACAGUGAGUCAUUUUCACGUCGAUUGGGCCUUCACCUAGAGGGACAAUGAAAUGAAUGACCAACUUUUAAAUCACUUCUUUUGUCUGUGAUGUUAUACUUUGAUUUAUUAGUUUUAUUGAAUUCUUUUUUGGUCCAGAAAUAAUGUAUAUGGAUGCUAAAAUUGGGGGAAAUAUGUGUUUUAUUGGCUGCUUAUGUUGCUUCUUUUUUGCAUCUGUGAAACCAAAAUAGAUGCUGUAAAACAUCUGCAGAUUUACCAUCCUUUAGGAAAGAACUUCUGCCUUCAUGUCGCGUUCAUGCAUCCAACUCCUUUAGUGUCGAUAUAUUUCUACAUUUAUCAAAAUAUUACAGAACAAAAUAAUUAACCUGUCUCUUCAUGCAAGUAAAGCUGCUUAGCUGCAUCAUUUCCAUCAGUUCUGGAACUUGUUUUGCAUAGACUCAAUGGUGUUUUCUGUUUGUCUUGGAGCAGCCUCAGCUCUGUUUUCAAAAGGAAAAGUCGGGGAUGUCCAAAGAAAAAAAAAAAAAAUCCCCUGUAACUGUAAUCUCGUGCUUGUCAGAUAUGGAGCUGCAGUAUCUUGUCAGUCAGACACAGCAGGAGUGUGGAUGAAGUUUGCUAUCAGUGGCUUUCUGUGUUGUGUCUCCUCUCAGAUGCUCUCUAUCUCCUCAGUGUCGUGUUCCACCCUCUCACCCUGUCAAAUCGAUGCUUUGUACCUGUUUAUCUUCUCUCCUACCAGCACAUCACAGAAAACACACCACAAACAGAGAUUACAAAGUUUGACUCACUCUUAGCAAACUGUACAAGGCUGUAAAACCUGCAAAAAUGCAAAGAUUCUGAAUGAUUAAGCAGCUUUAUGACAAAAGAUACUGUAGAGCUGCUCCUAACAAUCGAUUUAUCUGUCAGUCUAUCCUUUGUUUAAGAAUAAAUCAAUACAUUUUAAUGUCAGAAAAUGUUGAUUAAUAUUGAUAAGAGUGCAAGGCAUGUCUUUGUUUUGUUACAAACCGCAAAAAUAUUCAGUUUACAAUCAUAGAGGAGUAGAGACAUUUUAUAGGCUAAUUGCAGGAGGGUGAAUUUUCCAGUUUGCAAAUGCCACAAUUUUAUUGUUAUUUGUUAAGCAGUGAU